AUGAAGUUCCCCAGUGUACUCGCCAUUUUGGCCACAGCCCUUUCUUGCUCUGCGUCAGCUAUCCCGUCCGGACUGGUCUACAGCAAGACGGUCGAAGGCCGCGCAGUGACCGUCACUGAGGGAGACCUAGACAACUUCCGUUUCUAUGCACAGUACAGCGCGGCGACCUACUGCAACGAUGCUGCCGCUUCCGGGGCCGCCAUCGCCUGCAGCAACAACGGGUGUCCUGCUGUCGUGGCCAACGGCGCCAAGAUCCUCCGCUCUCUGAACCAAGACACCUCCACCAACACGGCUGGCUACCUUGCGCUCGACCCUAAGCGCAAGAACAUCGUGCUCGCCCUCCGCGGCUCCAAGAGCCUCCGGAACUGGAUCACCAACCUGACCUUCUUCUGGUCCCGCUGCGACUUUGUCAAGGAUUGCAAGCUGCACACGGGCUGGGCCACGGCCUGGUCCCAGGUGCAGGCCGACGUGCUGGCCACCAUCGCGGAAGCCAGGGCCCAGAACCCGGACUACACCGUCGUCGUGACGGGCCACUCCCUCGGUGGCGCCAUCGCCACCAUCGCGGGAGUCUACCUCCGCCAGCUGGGCUACCCCGUCCAGGUGUACACGUUCGGCAGCCCGCGCGUCGGCAACCAGGAGUUUGUCCAAUGGGUGGCCACGCAGGCCGGCAACGUCGAGUACCGCCUUACUCACAUCGACGACCCCGUCCCGCGCCUGCCGCCCAUCUUCCUCGGCUACAGGCACGUCACCCCCGAGUACUGGCUCAACGGUGGCGUCUCCAACACGGUCAACUACACCGUCGCCGACAUCAAGGUCUGCGAGGGCUUCGCCAACAUUGGUUGCAACGGCGGCAGGCUCGGCCUCGACACCAACGCCCACCUCUACUACCUCACUGACAUGAUCGCCUGCGGCGACAACAAGUUCGUCUUCCGCCGCGAUGAUGCCAACUCCAUCAGCGACGCAGAGCUUGAGCAGAGGCUGAGCCUGUACGCCCAGAUGGAUCGCGACUUUGUUAGUGCGCUUGAGGCAAACAAUACCCUUGCUUAA